GAGAAUUCCAUUCACUAAUUUAUCUUGCCACUUUCUUCAAAUUUGUAUUUUAAAGUUCCUAACUCGUACUUAUCAUCAAAGAUGUCCUCCUCUGUUGGAACAAAACAUGUUCAAACUAAAGGAAGGCAAUCUUUGUUCAAUCUUUUGUGCACUUCAUGGAAAACCGUAUUGAUCUGUGGAGCAUUAGUCUCUUAUUCAUGUUACACAUUCUAUUCCUCAGAUCACCCCAAAAGGCCAACAAAUAGCAUUCCUGAUUUAACGUCAAAGGAAAUCCUUCAUCAACCAAACAGUAGUACAAAUGAUGAUUAUCAAGACCUUUCUCCUACCAACAUUAAUCACCUCCGGUUUGGAAUUGUUGGGUCGGAAGUGACGUGGCGUGGCCGAAAAGGUUUCGUCGAGGCUUGGUGGAGGCCAAACUUCACGCAAGGAUACCUAUAUCUCGAUCAGUCCCCGACCGGAGACCUUCUCCCUUGGCCGUCAUCUUUUCCUCCCUUUAGGGUUUUGGAUGACCAAACGGAGCUCAUAAACGAGAUCAAACCGGCAGUACCGACGUUAGCUAGGGUUUUGCAUGCCAUUUAUGAAAUACUUAAAGAGGAGGAAGGAAAAACUGAGACUGAAAGUUUUAGAUGGCUGGUCAUGGGAGAUGAUGAUACAGUGUUUUUUGUUGACAAUUUGGUCGAUGUUUUAUCCGAAUUUAAUCACACCAAGUAUUGGUACAUAGGUGGGGUUUCUGAGUCUAUUUUAACCAAUUUUUUGUUGUCAUUUAAUAUGGCUUUUGGAGGAGCAGGGUUUGUGUUGAGCUAUCCUUUGGCUAAAGCUUUUGCACAGAAUUUUGAAAGUUGUCUUAGGAGAUAUUCACAAUUAGAAACUGGAGAUUUCAUUGAAAUGUCUUGUGUUGCUGAUAUUGGAGUUAAUCUCUCUCCCCACAAAGGUUUACACCAGAUUGAUUUACAUGGGGACAUUUCUGGGCUGUUGUCAUCUCACCCAAUGACUCCCUUAGUGUCUCUUCACAAUUUCGACGCCGUGGAACCAAUCUUCCCGGGCAUGGAUCGGAUUCAGUCCAUUAACCACUUGAUGAAAGCCGGGAAUAUCGCCGGUGGUCAACAAUCGCGACUGAUGCAACAAACAAUCUGCCACCACCGGCGACAUAACUGGACGAUUUCAGUAUCGUGGGGCUACUCGGUUCAUAUUUACGAGAAAAUAAUGCCUCGGAGUUUGUUACAACUCCCUCUCCAAACUUUUGGACCGUGGGUUUCCAAUCCAGAUCCACCAUUUUAUAGGUUUAACACUCGGUUGCCUUCAAGAGAACCUUGUGAUGCUCCUCAUGUGUUCUUCUUUGAAUCGAUCGAGAAGCCGCCGUCUGAUGACGAGGAUUUUGUCGUCCUUUCGAGUUAUUAUCGGUCCUCGCCGAGGGAUUUGCCACCUUGCGUCGACGGUGAACACUCUGCGGAUUAUGUUACACAUAUACAUGUCCAUUCACCCGCGACAAAGCCAAUUGAGAAAGAUAGAUGUGAAUGUUGCGACAUUGAGAGUACAAAGGGAAUGAAAAACGCGAUUGUAAAAUUCAGAGAAUGUAUGCCGGGUGAAAUUAUUGCUUAACAAGUAUUUUGGGACGGAAUGAGCACAUUUACGAGUUUGAAGAAUAUGAAGAAAGUUGUUUUCUCAUACUAUCAGCGUGCGCAUUGUGGACAAUAUUGGACAAUGUAACAAGUUGAAAGAUGUUGAAUGUAAAGGUUCUCAAUCUGGAGAUUAAUUAAAUCCUAACUUGCA